AGAACAUUUAAAGUUUUGAUAUUUAUCUCUCACUUUGGGACUUUGAAGAGAAUCAAAAUGAAGAGAGGAAUGACAGGAAUGGCAGGAAUAGGGAGAGCGAUUCAAGCUGUGAUCAAUGUAUAUACUUCACAACAACAGCCGAGACGAGGGGAUAUGGUUCAGUUCCAGAGAUCUGGAUACCAACACUGGGGCAUCUAUGUGGGAAAUGGCAAUGUUAUUCACUUUACUUUGCCAGAUUGGGAUUGUGUACGUCAGGAUGUAAUAGGUGGUCAGACCCUAUUAGCCACAGUGCAACGGGAUCGUUUGGCUGAUGUGGCGGGUCGUGAUCCAUAUGCUGUACACAAUCAAUUUGAUGGUGAUGGUGAGCAUCCUCCAUUAGAUCCAGAUGUUAUAGUACAGAUGGCUGAAGAUUUGCUGGGGUUACAGCUUCCAUACAAUCUUCUGACAUCAAACUGUGAACACUUUGCCACAAUGAUGAGAUAUGGUGUUCCUCAGUCAGGACAGACAGAAUUGUUUUGCUUCACGGUAGACCCAAACUUUGCAAGACAGAUAAGAAGAAGAUUAAGAGAGAGACAGAGAGACAGAGUACGUUCAAGUAGGACAGUUUCUCGUUGGUUCCAGAGGGCUGAGGAGCUUUGAGACUGGCCUUCUAAGAAGAAUGAAAAAUUGUGCUACCUGGAGCAAAUCUUAGAAAUAAAGCUCUGAUGUCAUUUGCAACCUUAAAAAGCUUUCCAGAUUUCUCCUAUAACUGAAGAAGCUACAGCUGUCCCUCCUGUAAAGACGGCAGUACUGGGCAGAGUCUCUGAGAUGACAUUCCUGAAUCGCAUCAGUUAUCUAAUCUUGCAUACAUAUGUUGUGCUUUUUUUAAUCUGACUGAAAACUUUCUCAUGUGUAUUUUCAUAGCUGUCAGAAUGGCAGAGGUAAAAUAAAG